UUCGCAUUUGGGGCUUUUCCCCCAGGGCGGGCGGGCGCAAGGCCACCAUGGGACUUACGGGCCACAUGGCCCGGCCUCCCAAUCAGAUGCACAUUCCCCCGUGCCUGGUACCCAUCUCCAGGUCACGGAGCGUGGCUAGCGCCGCUGCCACGGGCAAACUGCCACGUGGCUGGUUCCAAAAGGCGCGAGCCGGCUCAGCUGCCCCCAGUCGCCGAAUGCAGUCGACUCUGACGGUGUGCCCCGAGGAGUGGUGUGCUGACGCCGUGCGAGCAGGUGCCAGGACCCCGAUGAACGCCAGCGGCGGCGUGGCGCUGGAGGCCCUGCUGCAGGGGGGCGCCCCGGAGGCGGCCGACGCAGCGGCGCCGCUGCUCCGCGCCAGGGCCCUUGGCGGCUCGAGGCCAGGGCGGCUGCCGGUGUGGGCCGUGGGGUUGAUCUGCCUGGCAGAAGGCAUUCUGCUGUACGUCUUCAUCGUGUGGCGCAACAUUAAGCAGCGCGUGGCAGUCAAGCAGGAGCUGCGGGAGCACAAGCCCGAGAACGCCAAGGACUGAGGCCAGAGCCAUGCUCGAUCUCCUCCCGCUGACAUCCCCCCGCUCACUCUGCGCCACUUCCCUUGAGCAGCCCCCCUUCUUCCUCCUCGUCGCUGCAGCUCCUGCUGGCAGCGCGACGACUCUACAGUCGGGGGUUCCUUAGGUCCACGCCCCGACUGUACGCGGCGACGACGCCUCGGCUCCUCGCUCUGAGGCCGCCUCGCGCCCGCCACGCCUCGGCCCGGCCGCGCGCGCCGCGGCCCAGGCGCCAGGGAGCGGCAGCGCGGGGCGCCACGGCCCGGGCCCGUUGCCGCUGCGGGCGUCCCGAGGGCGAAA